AUGGCUCUCCUGCUCUACCGCCGCCUCCCGCCCAAUCCCCACACGCCACGUGGCGGAUUCUCAGUGGUUGCACCACACGGUUCGAGUGACGGUGGGGAGAGCGGGAGUGACAGCAUCAGCAACAGCAAUAGCUGUAGCAUUGGAAGUGGGAGUGGCCGGGGGGUUAGUGGCCGGGGUGGUUUACCCAGCCCGUUUGGGGGUGGUUUACCCAGUCCUUUUGGGGGUAGGCGAGAGAAGAGGAGACCACUUGGGGAGCAGUUGGAGGGUGAGGAGGGGGGCUGGGGGGACGAUGUCGAAUAUCAAGAAGAUAAUGUUGCUGCUGGCGCUGCUGCUGGUACCAGCGCUGCUGCUGCUGCUGCUGCUGCUGCUGCUCGUCGUGGUGCUAGUGUUGCUGCUGCUGCUGCUGGCGGUGGUGCUGGUGGUGCGCGUGCAGGGGGUGCAGCGGCGGAGAGUGAGGGGGAGGAGGCGUCGUUUGACAUUCAGAAGGUGGUGGAGUUCUCCCUCGCUGACCUCGUUGCUGCCACUGACGGCUUUGCAGACAAGAACCACCUCGGCCAGGGCAGCUACGGCAAUACGGUGGUGGAAUUUACCCUCUCGGACCUUGUUGCUGCCACUGACGGCUUUGCAGACAAGAACCACCUGGGGCAGGGCAGCUACGGCAAUGUGUACCGAGGGAGGCUUAAGUCGGGAGAGGUGGUGGCGGUGAAACGAGCCAAGCCAGAGCGGCGGCAAGACAUGCGCAAGUUCAAGAAGGAGGUGCGAUGGAGUGAUGCUGCUGUCUCGAGUGCGUCACAAGCAUCUGGUGCAGCUGCUGGGGUAUUGCCGGGAGGAGCAGGAGCAGCUGUUGGUGAUGCUUCUCUCCAGAGUGCGUCACAAGCAUCUGGUGCAGCUGCUGGGGUAUUGCAGGGAGGAGCAGGAGCAGCUGCUGGUAUACGAGUUCAUAGGGGGGGGCACCCUCUCUCACAACCUCAAUUCGCCCUGGCGAGCCAGACAAAACAAGCCGCCCCUCAACUGGACCGAGCGGCUGCUGGUGGCGGCGGGUACGGCGCGCGCGCUGGCCCUGGCAACAUCCUGUUGGAUCGGCACGUGGUGGCGAAGCUGGCAGAUUUUGGCACGUCGAGAGCCGUGGACACAUCAUCCUACUCUGCAACCAUCCAAGGCACUGCGGGCUACUGUGAUCCGGAUUACCUCAAAUCGGGGCAGCCAUCGAAGCGCAUAGACGUGUACAGCUUUGGCAUCGUGCUAUUGGAGCUCAUCACUGGCAAGUCGCCCAGAGGCAUCUCCAGGCCCUACCGCUUCCAUGUCCAGAAUUUGCUCGACAAGAAGGGGCUUGCAGGGAUAGUUGACCAAUCCAUGGGCAUUUACCCUGAAAAAGAGGUGACCAGCGUGCUCAGCCUGGCCUUCAGGUGCACAGACAUCAAGAACCCUGCCGCCCGGCCUUCCAUGAACCGAGUGGAAGGAGGCAGUGGUGGGUUGGGGCGAGAUAGGAGAAACGCUUCCCUGGGGAGGCAUGCAGGCAGACGCACACCCUGGGGAAGGGAGGCAGGCAUCCAGGCAGGGGAGGAAUCGCAGCAGCCCCUCACAGGCUGGCGCGCGGAUGACGAGGAACUCAUUAUGGCGUACGAAAGGAAGUUCGCAGUUAGACCCGGCGAGGAGGAGGUGUCGGACGAGCAAGCGUACCAUCUGGGAUCAAAGCUGAGAGCUCGCGGUGUGACUGCAGCGGAUGUGCUACAAAGUGAAGACGAUGUUGCGUCGGGAAAGGUUCAAGAGGAGGGAGGCGAGCAGACGGAUUCCGUCAAUGACGACGUUGCCCGUCAAGAGUCUCCGCGGAGGACUCUCUCCGAAACUUCCGCUUCCGCUUCCGCCUCCCCAUCCGCUUCCCCAGAUCAGUCCGACCUCGCGACGCAAACCAUCGCGCGCCUUCGUUCGCUCGGCUUCCGAACCUUCGCGAGCGCUUUGGAGAAAACGGACGUUCUCUCCGCACUCCCUCCGAACGUCGCGCGCGCAGGGGGUUUCUCCCUCCUCGUCCCCUCAGACCGCGCGUUCCUUAAUCUCCCGCAAACCGUUCAGAAGCUACUAAGAGGCCCGGACGCGAAAGCCGUACUUAAGAACCUCCUUCUCUACCACAUUUUCCAGCCGCGGAUUAAUUUUAACUACUUCUUGAAGCUCAGAGGGCGGCGCGUGAAGACGCUGCUUACAGACCAGACUCUGACCGUUGGAUUCGCGCGCUCCGGCUUUCCCGCAGCGCCGACAGUCGCGGGAGGGGAGUCUCUUUGGUUCGCUCCUUCUGACGGCGGGAAGCGGGCCGCGGAUAGCGGCAGCGGCAGCCCAGCCGGUGGCGGUGGCGGGGGUACGGUUGUGAUAGCAAAGGAUGUUGCUUAUAACGGGCUCGCGAUCUGCCAGGCUGUCAGCGCGGUGCUCGUUCCGCCGUUGGAUCUCCUCUCGCCUCCCGACGCAUCACCCUCCUCCUCUUCCGCCACCACCACCACGACGACGACUAAGACUAAGAACGCGCCUCCGGUUUCCAAAACCAAGUCGCCCGCCAAUGGCGGAAGCGGAGGGAAGAUUCGACCGCCGCCAUCUAAGAAAAACUUCGUCGAAUCCGCCUCCGCGUUCGGCGGCAGAAUUGCAGCCGCGGCAGGUGCGGGGAAGCGCGGAAAGGCAGCGCCAGUGGCCGUGCCGAGUCCGGUUAUCCGGCCGUCUUCUAUAACGCUCACGCCGCAGCAGCAGGUGCUCUAUUGGCUCUCGCGCCACGGGCUGGGCCGCACAGCCGCGAAUCUCGCGCAGUCCGGCGUUCUGGAUCUCGCGACGGAGGGUAACCCGGUUACCGUUCUCGCGCCGACGCAGCUCGCGUAUCGCUUCCUCCCCUGGACGGUCCGGCAGCUGUUUUUCACCGCGAGGGGGGAACAGGUGUUACCGAGGCUGAUGAAGUAUCACGUUAUAACGGAGCGGCUUACAGUGAAGCAACUGCGAUCCGCGGGGAAUCACAAGUAUCCGACCCUGUUGGACGAGCAUCCCGUGGAUACGAAAGUAGGCUCGACAUUUGUCCGUUUCUCCCCCGAGCCUCCGGACUACGCCGCCGCGACCAUCAUCCCCGGGUCGUCCUUCAGCAACGGCAUCGCGACCGUCCACGUCAGCAGCUCCGUGCUCAUCCCGCCGUACGAUCUCCUCUCCAUCCCCGAGCCUCCCUCCCCCGCGCCCGUCCCCCCGCCCCUCGGCCCCGCGCCCGGCCCCGGCCCCGCGCAAGCCCCCCCGCUAGGGACGCAGGCGCUAGACAUGGUGGGGGACUUGGAGGCGGAAGGGGGGGCGUUCUGGGAGGAGGCUAAACUCCAGGCUUCCGCUCCUGCUCCCCCUCCCCCGCGCGUUCCCCCCCCUCCGAUCUCCGCCGAGAGCGGAAACCAGGCGCGGAUCUCCCCGCUUCCCCCGCCGCCGCCCCCGCCCACGGGCGGGUUCGUCAUGAAGCGCCAGCUGAUCUCGUUUGAGGACGCGCGCGGGCAGCCGUACAGCGCCGCGCCUCCCCCCUUGGCGGAGCCUUAUAGCACUGCGCCUCCCCCCAUGGCCGUGGACUUGGCGCAGGAAGGGGAAGGGGAAGGGGAGGGGGAGGGGGAAGGGGAAGGGGAAGCGGACGAGGUGGAUGAGGUUCGGGAAGCGGCGCUAGAGACAGCAGCGGGUUCUGAGGGACGGGAAGUGUACGGCGAUUCAGGUGCUGCUUCAGGUGUUUCCUCAGGUGCUACUUCAGGUGCCAGGCGUAUGCUUCCCGAGCUGUCACUCAGCGCGCGCCAGCAGACCAUAGAUGAGCUAGCAAAGCGAGGCCUCACUGUACUCGCUAAGAACCUCGCCGCCACAAGGAUACUACACUCCCUAUCCGGCCCCGCUACACUCCUCGCGCCCACCAACCUCGCCUUCUGGACCCUCCCCCUGCCGAUUAAAGCCCUCCUCAUGGGUCCCAAGGCGGACUUGGUUCUUAAAAACCUCGUGGCCUAUCACAUCCUGCCACGUGGCCGCGUCUCGUCAAAGCAGUUUGAGGCGGGGAUAGAGGCGGCGGGGAUCGAGGGGUAUGAGAUAUUUGACACGCUGCUGGAGGGGCGGAGUGUGAAGGCGGAGCACGUGGGGAAGGCCCUCGCCUUCUCGCCGCUCCCCAUGGUUCCUCUUCUGAGCAGAGUGGCUCGGGUUGUGGCAUCGGAUAUUAAUAGCGAAGCUGCUAGUACCGGAGCUGGUGCUGAUAAUGAAGCUGCUACUAGCGAGGAUGCUGCUGCUAGCGGGGAUGCUGCUGCUAGCGGGGAUGCCACUAGCGGGGAUGGAAUCACGAUCCAUGUGAUCAACCGAGUGCUCAUUCCGCCAGUCAAGGUGCUGCUGGCGCCCUUCGAUUCCCCCUCCUCCUCUUCCGCCGCCUCCUCCUCCUCCUCCUUCCCUGCAGGAACAGCAGUGGCAGCGGCGCCGAAUCAACUGACACCUCUUCCCUGCCUCCUACACUGCCUCCCUUCCCACGCUCUCCCUCUUCCCCAUCCCUUCGUCCCCCGUCCCUCUCUUCCCUGCCCUCCCCCCGUUCCAGCCGAGUCAACAGACGCCCCUCCCCCGCCGCCCCCGGCCCCCCCUGCCCCCCCUCCACCUCCCACGGCGGACGACACGAUAAUGAGCCGCCUGCGCCUCUUCGGAUGCACCAAGACGGCGGACAUGAUCGUACGCUCCGGCUUCAUCGCCCUCCUCACCACCGCCACCUCCCCCAACGUCACCUUCUUUGCUCCCACGGACGACGCGCACGCCCGCAUCCCUGCACCCGUGAAGCAGCUUAUCACAGACAACGGCGCUGCGGCCGAGACGCUUCUCCUGAGCUACCAGGGGGUUUUCGGUAUUCAGACCUACGCGGAGUUGACUAACAAGUCGACUGGUUCGCUACCGACGCUGCUGACUGAUAUGUCUGUUACGCUGGCUAAGACCCGCUGCCCGUACUUCAAGAGUUCCUCCUGCGCCUCCCCGGACUCCCCUCCCCCUCCUCCCUUCCCUCCGCCUUCCCCCCCUCCCUCCCGCCCCUCCUCCCCCUUCCCCCCCUCCACCAUCACCACCACCAACUGA